AAACCGAAAUAUAAUUUUCUCUCUGUACAGAAAAUUUCGCCGCUCCUUCCCCCUCUUCUCUCUGCAUCUCAGAAAAAUUUCUUCGCCAACUUCUUCAAUCGUCAAGCAUCUCCAUAAAUCAGAUAAUUCCUAGCUUCUAUUCCAAAAUACAUAAUUAUGAGGGAUCCAAUUGCAAUUUUCAGAAGCUUCAUAAAGUGAAAUGCAGUAGCUAUAGUGCUACUGCAUCUUUGGAGGUGAAUUCUACUCCAAAUAUGGGUUUUACAGGAUGGUUGGGGAUGCGUGAAGAAUUGCAGGGGAGAUCCUCCGCUUGAGGUCAAGACGGAGCUCCGUCCGGCAGCACUCAAAUAUUUUCCUUUUGAUUGUCACUGCAGAUGGUAUAUUGCAUAUAUUUUGAGUCCCCUUCCACCCCACAAAUGCUCGCUAAGCUCCUCCGGCAACCCAGAUUCGCCGCCGUCAAGCGUUCCCUCUUCUCCACCCUUCAACUUCCACCACCACCUCUUCAAAACUCCGCCCUCCAAUCACUAGUCCUCUCCCACUAUCGCCACGGCAAAUUCCACAGCAUCCUCCAAAACGUCGUCGCUUCUCCCUCCCUCCUCCUCACCGCCUGCCACAAUCUCCGCAACCAUGCCUCCCACUCGCCGCUCACUCUCGAUUCCCUCUCGACUCACUACUUCUCCCUGCAAGACCUCUCCUCUCAGCUCUCCAACAACUCGCUCGACGUCCAAUCGUGCUGCGUUUCCGUUUCCCAACAAUCACGGAAAGGUGAAGCCCUAAUUUUGCCCAAUCUAAAGCUCAAAGUUGUACUCGAAGCUAUUAGGAUUGUACUUGAAGUCAUUUAUGAUGAUAGGUUCGUCACAUUUUGCUACGGCGGCCGCGCGAAUAUGGGCCGCCACACCGCAAUUAGAUAUUUGAAGAGUUCGGUGGAGAACCCUAGCUGGUGGUUUACUGUUAAAUUCGAUGAUCAGUUGUUUCAAUCUAGACAUGUUGAUAACCUGUGCUUGAUACUAGGGCAGAAAAUUGAUGAUUGUGAUUUGCUUGAUUUGAUAAGAAGGUUAUUCGAUUGCAGAGUAGUUUCUGUAAAUUUGGGGAGAAUAUGUUCAGGCAGAGGGCUGCCGCAAGAAUGUGCAUUGAGUUCGAUCUUGAUUAAUGUCUACCUCAAUGAAUUUGAUAAGGAAAUUCAAGAAAUACGCCUGAAAACAAAUGAGGAGAAUCCGAGGUUCAGGGAAAACGAGCUUGCUGGCUCUUACUCGAUUUUUCAUAAGCCGUUGAAGGUUUUUGCUGUCCGGUAUUUAGAUGAGAUAUUGAUAAUAACAAAUGGUACUAAGAUGAUGACGAUGGAUUUGAAGAAGAGGGUUGUAAGGUUUCUAGAUGAGGAGUUGGAUUUGAAGGUGGAUAGACAGGUAACCGUUAUUCACAGCGCGGUUUCUGAAAAGAUUGAGUUCAUGGGGAUGGAGCUUCAGGCCGUUGCGCCUUCAGUCAUCCGACCAAGAAAGUCACAGAAGGCGAUUAGGGCGCAUAAGAAGCAUCUAAGGCAGAAGCAAGUCAGGCUAAUGGAGUUGAAAAAUGCAAGAGAGAGAACUAGGAAGAAGUUGGGGAUGAAGUUAUUGAGCCAUGUUUAUAAGAAGUUGAAGCAAAGCAAUGGAUUCAAAUUUGAUUUCCAGAUAGAGGAUGAAGUGAGGCAGAUUUUCAGCACUUGGGCUGAUGAAGUGGUGCAGGAGUAUUCGACAUCUGUGGAUGAGAGAUGGGAAUGGCAUCGGAUGCUAUCAGCCGGGGACUUCCUCUCCUUGAGGAGGAUUAGGGAUCAGCUGCCACAUGAGCUUGUUGAUGCGUAUGACAACUUCCAACUGCAAGUGGACAAGCAUUUGAAGCCGGUGAAAGCCAAGAGGGAAUUGGAGGAAGAAAUGAGAAGGCGAGAGGAGGAAGAGGAAGAGAGUUAUGCUCGAAGAACAGUUGAGGAUUUGACGAGGCGGUGCAUCAAAGUUGAGGCACCAAUUGAACUUCUAAAGGAGGCAGUCAAGAUGGUUGGGUUUACAAACCGAAUGGGUCGGCCAUGGCCUCUCAGUUUGCUCACGGUUCUUGAAGAUAUCGACAUUAUCAAGUGGUACGCUGGGGUGGGUAGAAGAUGGCUGGAUUUCUACUGCUGCUGUCACAAUUUCAAGAAAGUUAAGAUUAUCAUAAGCUAUCAUCUUAGAUUCUCUUGCAUCCUAACUUUAGCAGAGAAGCACGAAGCCACCAAGCGCGCAGCUAUAGGCCAUUUCUCCAAGGAUUUGAAGGUAUCCGAUGCUGAUGGAACUGAACAAGUGUACUUUCCUUCAGAAAGGGAGAUCAUAAUGAUGGGAGAUAGAAAUCUCUCCGAUCCCAAGCCUGUAGAUGGCGCUCUGACAAUGGCGUUGAUCAGGUUGGCCUCGUUUGAGCCUCAUCACCGAUGCACUGCUCACUUCUGCAGCAGAUCAGACACGGCGUUUUACAGGAUUCAUCUACUGCAGAACCAUCUCGAUGUGGAUCCAUUAGAUGAGAAAUCUUGGGUUCGUGGAAUGGGCGCGAUCCAUGACUGUCUAGAGAGGAAAUGUGCUCCUCUUUGUGAUCACCACAUUAGUGAAUUAUACAUGGGAAGAUUGACUCUGCAAGAUCUUGAUUGCACUGCUUUUGUAGAUGUAGACUGAUUGUACAGUUCAGGCUUAAAACGAGCAUUUUGCACUGCCGAGAUAAUAGCAAAAGGCUGUGGGGUAAUUGAGGUUGCUAAAGAAGCGGACUUAAGGGAGAGACAUCUUGGAGACCUUCAAGGUGUUGUCUUUCAUGAAGCUCAGAGAGUCAAACCAGAAGCUCAUAAAGCAUUUGUUUCUUCCCAUGAAGAUCAAGAAAUUCCAGUAUAUUCUCUCUCACUCUCUCCACAUUCACGCGCACACACUAACUUAUAGUUAUCUUGGUGCUCUAUGUUUUGCAGGAGUUAGUAUGCAUUCUUUAAGAGUUUAUUUUCUUAGAGUACUAAUGAUUGGAUACUUGGAUUGGAAAUUUAUUCCUAAUGGGUUCAUUUUGUUUGUCCAGUUGACCUAAUCAUUGCACUCCAUUUAACUUAAUACUCUUAUGCAAAACUGCAUCAUUAUUGGAAGUAUUUUUUGUAAAGUUCUCACAUAGAUAUUUGUCUAUGUACCGAGGUACGAGCCUAUAGAACAGAUCCUGUUCAAGUAAGGUCGUGACAGCUAUUCUCUACUACCUAUUUUAAAUAUAUGUGGUUUACUAUCUAUAAAUUCGAUGUGGGAUAAUGAUUUUUUGUGCUAAAUAGUUUCACUCUGUCAAAUAUUGUUGUGAUUCUUUUCCUUUUAUGGCCUUGUAGUUUAUUGUUGUUUCCAUAUUGUGGGGGCUGAGGAAGAAUCCGAUAAGGGAUGCUCAGCAAAAAUUAAGUAAACAAGAUUGUGAGUACACGAACUGGCACUCGAGUUUCUUUAUCCGAUGGUUCUUUAACACUGCAUUCGAGGCUUCUCAGGAUGCUCACCAAAAAUUAAGUAAAUAAGAUUUUAAAAAAGAAGAGAAGUCUGUCAGACAUCCAAGAACGUUCAUCUACUGCACAGUGGGCCAGAAACUAGACCACAGCGCUGUUAAUCACGCUCAGGCUGGGCAGCCAUGGCUCAUUGUCCAAACUUGGUUUUCUGUCUCCUUAGAAAUCAAGGAUACGGAAGUACGGGCUUAUAGAACAAAUCAUGUUCAAGUAAGGUCGUGAUAGCUAUGCUUUACUACCUCUUUUAAACAUGUGUGGUCUAGUUUAUAAAAAUCCGAUGUGGGAUGAAUAUUUGUGCUAAAUAGUUUCAUUGUGUUAAAGAUUGUUGUGAUUCUUUUCCUUUUA